CGGUCGGAGGCGGGGCAAGGAGCGGCGCAGGCGCCGUGACCUGAGCCGGGUCUGUUGCUUUGGGAACGCCUGCCUGGGCCUGCUUCCAGACCGCGACCCCUGGACGCAGUCUUUCGAGCAGGACCCGGGAGCUCCCUGUCUCCACCCGCACUUACAGCAGGAAGUCAUUAUGUGACUAACACGUUUUCAUCAGAUUUCCUCUGAUUUACGCUGAAGUGUAUGUGAGAAUGAUGUGCACUGCCAAAAAAUGUGGAAUUAGGUUCCAGCCUCCAGCUAUUAUCUUAAUCUAUGAGAAUGAAAUGAAGGGGAAGAGUCGCCAACGCAUCAUGCCAGUCCGAAACUUUUCAAAGUUUUCAGAUUGCAACAGAGCUGCUGAACAAUUAAAGAACAAUCCACGACACAAGAAUUACCUGGAACAAGUGUCCCUGAGGCAGCUAGAGAAGUUAUUCAGUUUUUUACGAGGUUAUUUGUGGGGGCAAAGUUUGGCAGAAACCAUGGAACAAAUUCAGCGGGAAACAAUGAUUGAUCCUGAGGAAGACCUGAACAAACUAGAUGACAAGGAACUUGCCAAAAGAAAGAGCAUCAUGGAUGAACUUUUUGAGAAAAAUCAGAAGAAGAAGGACGAUCCAAAUUUUGUUUAUGACAUUGAAGUUGAGUUCCCACAGGAUGAACAACUGCAGUCUUGUGGCUGGGACACAGAGUCAGCUGAUGAGUUCUGAUACCAGAAUCUCAAAGAAUGUAUUGGGCUAGCAGAGAACCACGUUUAUACAGUCUUUGUAUACUUGUGUAAUUGUACAAUACGAUUGUAUAAUGCAAUAUAAUAAUAUGAUUAUACAAUUACAAAGAAUGUAUAAACAUGGUUCUAGAAAAAUCCAUAAAAAGCACUAAAUGUACAUAUUGGGUCAUGUUUGGAUUGACCACGUUGCUUUUCAAAACUGAAACAUGUAGAGUAUCUAUCAUGUAGAUGCAUGAGGAAUAUGGGAAAAACAGAAUAUAGGACUGUGCUUUUAAGGAGCUUACAAUCUAACUGGAAGAUAAGUCAAAAACUUGUGAGAAGCUCAUUAACAGAAUUAGGCAGCAAAAAGAUUAGAGCCAAAUGCUUGAUAAAUGUUAAAGAGGGCCAGAGCCUAGAUUACCAUAGGGUAGAAUAGUCAGGGAAGACUGCCCUGUAGUGGAGAGAUGGGACUUGGCGUGGCCCUUGAAAUGGUAAUAUUUGGAUAGAAGUUUAUAUAGAAUUCCAGAUGAGAGAAACUGGAAGAAAGAAAAAGGGGAGGAGGUUAAUAAUAAAGAGAUAGGGAUGAGAACAUUUUAUUUGAGGAGCAGAAAGCAAAUUCUAGUUUGCUAAGAUUGGAGGGCAUACAUGGUUACCAGGGGAUUAUCUUGGAUACAUUAUGUCUUUAUGUAUAUUUAACUGUGGAGUAGAAGAGCGGGCCUCCCGGAGGCCCUGCUGCUGCACGUGGAUGUCAUCUGAUGGACAGCAAGGGGAAUUCUGUCCCUCCAGGAUCAGGAAAUACAUUCUAAAGACAUUCUGAAACCUGAAGCUCUUCCCAUAACUACAGAACUUUGUUUGUAAAAUGGGAAAUCUACCCAUACUAAAUGAACAGUAGGUAUUGCCAGUUUAGGCUUAUUUAUGAGUUUGGAUCUACAAAGGGAAGAUCUUUGUUGGACCAGGUUAUACGUGUACAGUUACAUCUUUCUUCUUACUAGAAUAUUGUUUCACUGGCAGAUAGUCUAUGUUUCCUGCAAGGAAAUUAAUAUUAAAUAAUUCAUUCUUUCUA